AUGCAGGAUACAGCUUUGGGGUUGUUCUGCUUGUGUCUCUCUCUAAUGGCUAUGAGACUAUCCAAUUAAAGUCCAUUCUAUUCCAACAUUUAUGAGGUAUUCAUACUUUAGCCUAUUUGGACUUUGAUAUCAACAUUGAGGCUUAUUGAAGCAUAGCAGCAAUCUAAGAUUUUUAACCCUUAUCCGAGUCUUCAAUAAAUUUACAAUGUUGUGAUUUUAUACAAUUCAUCUCUAACUUGGUUGCCUAAAACAUUUUAAUACCUUGGCCUCUAAGUACUACAUUGGUCUUACUUAUAUCACAAGUAUGGAGAUAUAGACUACGGAAUCACAAACGAUUCAUUUACAUUUUCUCUAUUAGGUACUUUAAUUAUUGGGGUAUCACUUAGAAGAAAUGAAUAAAUAUCAAGAAUUGAAUUUGAUAAUAAAACAAGAAAAGAAUUUUAGAGGCAAAAAUUUAUCAAUGUCCUUGAAACUAUACAAGAUGGAGUGUUUUUUAUCAAGCAAUAAAAAGAAGAUUAGGAUUUAAUUUUUCAAAACAAAUCCUUCAAAUAAAUGAUCUAAAAUCUCUUGUAAAAAUAUCAAGACUUACAAACCAAACUUAUGAAAUCUUCCAUGCAGAUAUCCUACUAUGAUUCAGAAUUAAAUAAUCCUAGAGAAUUGCCUGGUGGCAAACUUUACGAUCUACUCGGUUGUAUGAAGUUAAGACAUGAAUUUAACCACCAAGUGGGUGCCUAAAUAACUUUUGCAGACUGGAUAAGAAAGAUUAGAGAGUAAGAUCAAAAUCAAUAAUACAAUUACUAUUUCAAAGUGGAACCUAUUGGAGUUUCUUUGCAAGUCAGUGUGAGUUAUAUCUGGUAGGAUGAGAGGAUUCUUAUUGUUUUUAAGGAGAUAUCAACUCUUAAGAAACUAUAAAAAAUUAAAAAUAGAGAGCAGUUCACAAACAUUUUCAUUAAUUCAACUGCUCACAAUAUAUUUACUCCUAUUAAUGGGCUGAUUGGAAUUUCCUAACUAAUUUAAAAAGAGGUUGGCCACUUACCUCAAGCUCUAAAAUACUUACAUCUCAUGAGAAAAUGCAUAUUUGACUUGUAUUACUGCACUCAGAACAUACUAGAACAUUCUAAAAUCAGACUCAAGUAAUUUACCACAGAUCUAAAAGAAAAAAGUCACUAGGAUAUUUACAGCAAAGUAGUUAAUUUGUUUGAAAACGAUAUAAACUAAAAGAACCUGCAAUUUAAUCUCAAUAUUCAAAAUAAAACUUCAAAAAUCCUCAUUGAUGAUGAAAGAUUUAGUCUAAUCCUAUACAAUCUAUUGAGUAAUGCUAUAAAGCAUACUGAAUAAGUAAGUGUAAAGGAUACUGGCCAAGGUAUCUCAGCAAAUGAUUGCUCAGAGCUGUUUAAUCCCUUUAGAAAAUUUAAGAUAUCAAAUGACAAUAUAAACUAACAGGGUCUUGGACUAGGCCUAAUGGACGGAAAGAAAUUAAGGCUCGAUGUUCACAUUUUACAUUCCGAUUAGUCUCUUCUUGAUCUAGAUGAAAAUUUAGAAGAUAUUGAUGCAGAGUAUUUGUGGACUGAUGUAUUUAUUCCUACAGGUCCACUAGAAUCUAGAAUAGCUGAAAAUCCAAUGAUGCUCACAGAUCGAUCAGCAACUAAAAAUUUAAAAUUCAAGUUACAAAGCUCAGUAUCAUUCAAUAUAAACACUAUGAGAAACAAAACAAGCAAUAUAAGCUUUGCUAAUUAACUCAUUCAGAGUGAAACUUUCAAAGAAAUUCUACUAACUGACGAAUCUGGACCAUAAAAGUAAAUUUUAGUUGUAGAUGAUACAGUGUUCAACAUUGAAAUAAUAAAAAUAAUGCUAGAGCAGAUAUUCGACUUGCAGUGUGAUGUAGCUUUCAGUGGUCAUUAAGCAUUGUAAGUAGUCUAGAAAAGAGUUGAUUAAAUGAGGUAUGCCCCUCAAAAUGUACCUAUGUAUAACUUAAUAUUGAUGGACAUUAAUAUGAGUGGAUGGGAUGGUGUAAAAACUACAAAGAAAAUAAGAAAAAUUUACGGGUAACACUUUUAAAAUGAUAAUUUGAUUUUUGCUUACACGGCAAUACCAGAGAGUCAAUUCGGUAAUUAUGUAGCAAAGGGGUUUGAUGGUUUCAUUGCGAAACCUCUUGAUUUGAAUAAACUUAGAAAAAUUUUAUAGCGUUUGUAACUUAUUCAAAAUGACAAUGAUAUUAAUAUUUGUACAAGCUUUUGCUGA